CUGGAAGGGGUGGGUGGGGGGUGUUCGUUCCGCGGUGUGUCCUUGCGUGUGUGUUGGCGUGUCGUUCGUCGUUAUGUCGGCCCUGGAGAAGCAGUUGCACCUCGGCCGUCUCCCGCCGCGGCCCCCUUUGCCCGGUGGCGGCGGCCAGUCCGGCUCCAAGAUGCGGAUGGGCCCUGGAAGAAAGCGUGAUUUUUCGCCAGUGCUUUGGAGCCAGUACUUUGAAUCUAUGGAGGAUGUUGUGGUAGAAAAUGAAACUGGCAAGGAUACUUUUCGAAUUUACAAAAGUGGACUGGAGGGACCUGUCUUACUGCUGUUACACGGUGGAGGCCAUUCUGCUCUUUCCUGGGCUGUAUUUACUUCUGCAAUCAUUAACAGGAUUCAGUGUAGGAUCGUGGCUUUAGAUCUCCGAGGCCAUGGAGAAACAAAAGUUAGGAAUCCUGAAGAUCUGUCUGCAGAGACUAUGUCAAAAGACGUUGGAAACGUGGUUGAAGCUCUGUAUGGGGACCUUCCUCCCCCUAUCAUGCUGAUUGGGCACAGCAUGGGGGGUGCCAUCGCCGUGCACACGGCCGUUGCCAAUUUGGUGCCAAGUUUAUUGGGUCUGUGCAUGAUCGAUGUUGUGGAAGGUACAGCCAUGGAUGCAUUGAACAGCAUGCAGAACUUCUUAAGGAGUCGUCCCAAAACAUUCAAGUCACUUGAAAAUGCCAUUGAGUGGAGUGUAAAAAGUGGACAAAUAAGAAACCUUGAAUCUGCCAGAGUUUCUAUGGUCGGUCAAGUCAAACAGUGCGAAGGGGCUGCCAGUCCUGAAUGUCCUAAGGCCAUAGUGGAGGGUAUUAUUGAAGAGGAGGAGGAGGAAGAAGAGGAUGAGGAAGGGGGAGGUUCUGUCAAUAAAAGGAAGAAGGAAGAUGACACAGAGACAAAGAAGGAGCACUUAUACACGUGGCGAAUUGAACUGGCAAAAACAGAAAAGUACUGGGAUGGCUGGUUCAGGGGUUUAUCUAACCUCUUCCUAAGCUGUCCAACUCCAAAGCUUUUGCUUUUAGCUGGUGUUGACAGGCUGGAUAAAGAUCUAACAAUUGGACAGAUGCAAGGGAAGUUUCAGAUGCAGGUCCUCCCACAGUGUGGCCACGCAGUCCAUGAAGAUGCUCCAGACAAGGUUGCUGAGGCUGUUGCGACGUUCCUGAUCCGUCACAGGUUUACAGAGCCCAUCGGUGGAUUCCAGUGUGUGUUUCCUGCUUGUUAAUAGCCUGGUGUUCUCCAGCACUGAGUCCUGUUGUAAAUAAACUGCACCAGAGGCCACUGUGAUGUAUCCAUAUCCUUUCAUCUCUCCAGUUCAGCAGCAGUGAGAAGUUGGUGUGAGAUUCAUCCCCUAGAACUAGUUCUCCAGAAUGUGUAAAUGCUUAGGGACUUCCUUGCUGGGAAGCAGCUUGUACUGAAGACCAUGAAAAGCUCUUCAGGCCCUCGAAAGUGGGCUCCUCUCUGCUGCCACAAGGAAAAACCUCCUGAAAUCCCAAGUAGUCGAUCAUACCGAUCUCCAUCAAUUCUCAGGCUUUCUUGGACCCAACUGCAAAGGGGCCGUUGGCAGUCCAGGUCCACCGAGGGCAUUGCAGCGUAGCCAAAGGCUUCAGGAUUUCUCCGUGGAAUCAUCUAAUCGUCUUUGAAGUGCCCCUUAGGUUUGUUUUUUAUAUACACGUUGCCCCUAAAGCAGAUGAGGAAUUGGCUUCGCUGAGAGCUCAGGUUUCAUCUCACCAGUGCCAGCCUGAUGGGGUAAGCUGUGGGAAGAGCCUAGAUGCUCCUUUCCUCUGCUAAGUUGGAUGGGACUGUAAAACAAAAAGGCGAGGGGGGACCGUGAGCUCCAUUUCAGAGUCUUGCAGCUUUCUUAAUACUUGUUUCAAGUUCUCACUGAGAAAAGUAGCCUGGAUAACUGUCUACUGCAGACACAUAACAGGCAGGGGACUCUGGGCCUGGGUUUAUGGGGAAGACCCAAGAGCAGCAGUAACGCCGUGGUCUGCAGGCAUUUGCCUGUUUGGCCGCUCUCUGUGCCUGGAAUGUGUUUAUACUUCCCUUCUUGUAGCUGCUACACACAACUGAGCAGAGAUCAGCGCCUUUUGGAUGAAAAAAUGCAAAAUGUACAGUAGAUAAAACCCUGGAAGAGCUUGGAGUCAGUCCUGCUGAUGUUGAUGCAGAGGUGUAGGCAGCUCCUGCUGCGUUAUGCUCCCCCCAGUAUUGGAGGAAAGACUGUGUUUUCAUUGCCACUUCCUAGAUCGGUUUGCUGCCUGCCUUCCAUAUUUCCAUGUAAAUGCAGUAGUUACACAGAGAGCUUUUCUUCAGGGUUAAAUUAUUCACAGACAGUUCAUCAUAUUGCUUUCACCUAAGAAUCACUCUUGAGCAUAAGAGCAGACAUGUUUUGGAGUAGUUUUCCUCAAUGUUUUGCUGGUGGAUGUCUGAAAUUUUUAUUUUUUUUUUUGCCUUGUGUCCAUGACCCCUUGAUGCUGUACGAUGAAAGCAGUAUUUUAACGGUGUUUUGCUGAGGCAGAGUUCUGUUGUUGGCCUGAUUUGGGAGCUGCAACGUGCAUCUAGGCGUGUAUCCCGUGACAAGAGCCAUCAUGAAUUCUUGGCGCUUGAGAGGUGCAGGUGGGGCAGAGGGAGAUGGUGUGAAGAGCUGGCAAAGCCUGCUUUGACACUGGCGUUUACCCUCAUGGAGAGCCACUCAUCUCUGAUUCAUUCCCAUGUGAGCCGUGGACGCAGCAGUCGUGGCCUUGCUCUGUGUCCCUUCCCUGACACAUCAGGGUGGGAAAUGCCUCAAUUAGAGACAAGAAAGUCUCAUUCCAGAGAGCUCCCCCCUCUCCUGGCACUUUGGCCAUCAGCACCCAGGUGUUAAAAGAGCAACUGCUGGCUCCUGGCGCUUCCCUCCAUAAGUCACCGUGUUAAUUAUUGUGUUAGUUUACUGUGAUCUUGAUGUACUCUCCACCCCUGUUUUAGUUGCUGAUGGAUUAAAUGGAUCUUCAGUAGUUGAGAUGCAACAUAGCACUUUCCCCAGCUGUAUCCUGCAGAUUGGCAAAAUUCUCGGUCCUUUCCAGAUGAAUCCUGUAUUCAGAUUGUUAGAGAUUAAACAAUACAGUGCGUAUGGCCAGAGUCUCACUUCACGGGAUAGUUGAGCAUGUGCCUGUUGUCAUACUCAUGAAUGAUCUUGGUAAAGUCACAUUCCUCCACGCUGAAGUAACUCGGAGGAUCUGGCUUUGAGUGUUUCGUUGCAGUAACUCCUCACGUUUGCCUCUCAUGUUAUCCCUUUCAUUUGCUUUUACAGUUUGUGAGAUCUUAAAAAAAAACCUACAAAAAACAAAACCCUCUAUGGAAAGCAAAAGAAAAUUGGUUUUGUAUUCUGUAGAAGCACCAUUGGAAAAUGAAUGACUGUUUCUGAAACCUGUGGGCUCCCCAGAAUUAUAUUUUGUUGUUAACAUUUGAGAAGUGAGUGAAAAAAUAAAUAUUUCAACAGCCUAUUUAAUGUGGCGUUUGCUCCGUGCCGAGCUCUCAGUCCUGACCUGCACAGAAUAGGUGGCUGUUCAGGGACUCGGGUAGUGCUGGCUUCAGAAAAAAGGUGACUACAGGGACUGCAGCAAUAGCAGGUGGGUGGUUGGAGGGGGAAUUCCUUUCGGCUGUGUCGAGCCACAUACAUUUUUGAGACUGUAAUUUUGUCUGAAAAAUGUUGAUGCUCCUGUUGCAGUUUCUUCUCCCUUUCCAGGGAGCUAGAGGCAGAGGUAGAUGGUGUUUAGGUAAAGGAUAGCGCAGACCAUGGUGAAAGUAGCUGCAGAGAGAAGAAAUGUUCCCUUUGACUCAUGAGUAAUGGAGACAUCUAGAAAAUCCCCCCAUAACUACCAGCUUUUCACUGCAUUUUUCCACAGCCUGCAGCAUUGUACUGUGUCUGUGUAAAAGCAGAUAAACAGGAGGGGGCUGUUUGAAUUGAAAAGCUGCUGGUUUUCAGCUGGCGGUUCUGAUUAUUUAGAAAUCGUGCUUUUGUUCCAGUUGUUGGACUGAGGAUCAGUGGAAACUUUCACAAUGGAAAAUCCCAAGGCUCGUCAGGAGCAGGAGAUGCAGUUUGGGAGGCUGCUUUGUUGCAGGGUUCACUUAAAUUUUUCAAAUCAGACUCGGGGCAGGUUUUGCCAGCUCCUGGAUUAUAUGCACCGGACAAAACCCUCGGUGAUUUGUAGAUUCCAGGAGCAUUGAGAUUGUUGGAAAAAGACGUUUCCUGUAUUGCAGAAGUGUGUAGCUUUGCUUUGAACACACAUCCUGCGAAUGCAGAGCUUGGCUGCGUGUCUUUGCACGUGCUUGAGCCAAGACGGUUCCUCCAUGCUCAUGGUUUGAAAACGCCGUUAGUGACGGGGGCAGUUGAUACACAUGGACACUCAGAUGUUGAAAUGGUUGCUGAGUCGCACUGCUGUACAGAGCUUGCUUUUCUUUUGAGCUUUGUCUUUUUUUUUUUUUUUUUUGGUCUUCAUUCUGCCCUGGUCCAGAUGUGAAAUGAGUGGGAGAUGAUACCAAAGCCAGUUAAAAACACCUAUUCUUUUUGCAACCUUAGGUCACCUUCUGUGCAACCAAAACACUCGUUGAAAAAAAAUCAUCACUACAGUAAAGCAUGGAGCGACUUCUAAACGGAGCUCAUGGUCGGGGAGCUCUCAGAGGUGGUGUUGCUGUGAUAGAUCCCGUUGAUAACACCAGUAGCCCAGUAAAUACCGUGCUGGGGCAGUUCAGAGUGAGCCUCCUUGCUUUUCCUCUCUGUAACACGGAGCUGAGCAGUUGCAAUAGGGCAAAGCCACUUGUUGGCUUCUUGUUCAGCGAGACAAUGCCAGGACUCCAAAAACUUCUCCCAGUGUGUUGCCACGUUCAACAGGGUCUUCAGCGAAUGGAGGGGCACCCGGCAGGUACUGGAGCAGGAGGGAGCAAACAGCUUUGUGCUGAUGUUCUCCACCUCCUCGACUUUAACGCUGGUGUUUCUCCUCCCCUCUGCUAUUGCCUUUUAUCUUGGGUGUUGAAGGGCCCGGGAGGAGCGAUAUUCAGAGGUACCUGACAAUCAGCCAUUCACUGGUUUGAACUGGUGCUCAACACUCCUGAAAAUCUAGACCUUAGAUCUUCAGGUAAGGUCCAAAAAAUGGUUUAUGGGUUGCCGUUUCCAAGAAAACUUGGCCCUGGUGCAUUUUAACACCCGGCUCUGAGCCUGGCGCUGCGCUCUCAACCUGAAACCGCUGUUUGUGUUGCCCAAACCUGCCUCCCUGGGCUGCAUCGUCUGCCCUGAUCCAUCCGGUAACGCUGCGCCCUCGGCACCUUGUCCGUAAGGCAUCCCAAACCCACGGGAUAGUGCUUGGGUAGCUGCUCGGAGCUUUGCUGUUGGAUGUUUGGCUGGUUUAAGCCGAUUUUUCCCAGUCUGGCAGGGUGACCUCUUACCAUGUGCUGCUGUUUCCAAAAGGAAAACCUGUGUGUGUAUGCCAGUUCUCCGGAGACUGCGCUCUCUGUCCUGUGUCAGCCUCAUCCCGUUUGUGUCUUGUUCAGUGUCCGUUUCUCACCUACAAAUAAAGCAUUUGUGAAAA